AUAUUUUAUUCAGCUAUGCAGCGGAACGGACCUGUCAUUUAUACUUUUGUACAUUGUUGAGAGAAAAAUCCAUAUGGACUUUGCUUUGGGAAUUUAUUGCGCCGCUUCCUAGCUUUUUCUAGUGUUUUUUUAGGUUUCAGUCAUGUUGAAAAAUAAUGGAAAGAAGACAGCUAUCGCUGUAGUCAGCACAGCGUGUCUCUGCCUCCUGCUGCUCCUGGUUGCUGUGCAGCAUCACCGGGCUCAGGUGGAUGAGGAGACUAUCGGAGGGGACAUCGGGACGCGCUCUCUUCUCCAAGACGCAGCGCCCGAAGAGGACGCACAACUCGGGAGCGCGCAGGUCAAGAGCGGAUUCUCGGCGUACUUCACGAAACUGACCCGAGGACGCAGGGAGGCGGAGAAGCCCGCCCGCAGCUCCUCCGCGCCCGCCGCCGAACCUCCUCCAGCUGAGGACAUCAGCGCUGAUGACAUCUUCAUCGCCGUGAAGACAACCAAGAAGUUCCAUCAUUCCCGGCUGAGUGUGCUUCUGGACACAUGGAUCUCAAGAAACAUGCAACAGACCUACGUCUUCACAGAUGGAGAAGAUGAGGAGCUAAAAAAGAAGAUUGGGAGUCAUGCAAUCAACACCAACUGCUCUGCAGCUCAUAGCCGACAAGCCCUGUCUUGCAAGAUGGCAGUGGAAUAUGACAAAUUCAUCGAGUCAGGGAAAAAGUGGUUCUGUCAUGUAGAUGAUGACAAUUACGUGAAUGUUCGGACUCUGGUGAAGUUCCUGUCCCAGUACCCCCACACCCAGGACAUGUACGUCGGCAAACCCAGCCUCGACCGGCCCAUAGAGGCCACAGAGAGGCUGGGGGACAAUAAGAUGAAACCAGUGAACUUCUGGUUUGCUACUGGAGGAGCAGGGUUCUGUGUGAGCCGGGGUCUGGCACUGAAGAUGAGCCCAUGGGCCAGUGGCGGUCACUUCAUGAACACAGCGGAGAAGAUCCGCCUGCCCGACGACUGCACCAUCGGCUACAUCAUCGAGUCGGUUCUGGGGGUUCCUCUGACCCGCAGCAACCUGUUUCACUCCCACCUGGAGAACCUGCAACAAGUUUCAAGAUCUGAGAUUCACAAGCAGAUCACUCUCAGUUAUGGGAUGUUCGAAAACAAGAGCAACAUCAUCAAUCUGAAAGGGGCUUUUCCUGUGGAGGAGGAUCCAUCAAGGUUCAAGUCUGUGCACUGUCUCCUGUAUCCAGACACCCCAUGGUGUCCUCCCCAGGUUGCCUUUUAGGGCGACCGCUCCUUUCUCAUCCUCGUCCCCGUCAUGCCUCGGUAUCUGAAAGGCUUGUGGGGACCAGUGUUUGGUAUUAGACUGCGCGGCUGUUGUAUUCUUACUGCAGUUGUGUGCGGUCUUUUAAUAGUUUUACUGGGCUGCUGUGCGGCCCGCCUUGGGACUAUUCCAUCCUGUCUGGAGUCAAGACCUCAUCCCAUAAUGCACGGGCAGAGGACUCAGGCUCUCAGCAGGAAGUAGCUUUCAGCAUUAAGCUUUGCAGGCAAUCAGUCGAGCUUUGUGAUGUAUAUGUUGCUUGUAAAUGUAUCUGCAAUUCUCAUAGAAUGUAUUGUCAUAUAUUCAAGCCUUUUUGCCAGCUUUACAUUAACAUUUAUUUUGUUUUAGCUUUUAAAAACACAAAGCUACACAGGUCUUUGUUUGUAGGCUUUUAUCAUAUAUAAUUGGCUUCAUCAGGCAUUUUUGUUUCAGCUCUUUUAACUCUGAUGACUCCGGAAAAACGCUCUAAUAUGAAGAUGUUGUGCUUUUAAGUUAACAGUGUUAUUUCACCCACAAAGAGUUGGCAGUAGGCAGAUUUCCAAAUGCAUCCUUAUGUGACCUAAUCUGAAGAAUGUCAGGACGAAGCACUUUUUUUGGUGAACUGACCUAAUUUACGUCCUUUAAUGACACGCUUCAGAUUUGUGCCCAAACUAACAACAAAUAAUAACCCCUCAAAAUCUCAAUAUCUGUUCAUUUUUUAAUGUAUUUAAUAACACUCCUUGCAUUUGAUACAAUCAGGGAAAAAUAAUGAGUGGAAGAGAUUUUGAUUUGGGGUUACAAUCAGCUUUUGAAUUGCUUUGAAUUUUUUUCUUUUCUUUUUCUUUCUUUUUUUUUAUUUUUUGUAUAAAAUAUAAUAUUGCACAGCUGAGUUUCAAAUGAGCUGAGAUUUGCUCCUGAAAAGACGCUCACCUCACAGGGUUCGACAGUGGAGAAUCAGUCAUCAGGUUGCAUGAAAGCCAUUUGUGAAGAAAACAAUUGCAUCCAGUAGCUUCCAACUAAUAAGCACAUGUGGAAUCCAUGUAAUCUGAGCCACAGUCUAUAAUAGUUUGCACAAAAGACUGAUGUGCUGCUCUGUUAUUAUGAACGUUAUUGUUCUUUAUUUACACAUGAUAUUGGCUGACUGCUGUUGAAGCCUGUGAGGUGAAAGCUUAGCAAGAGCAACAUCAGUGUUUCCACAUGGAGGUGUUUGUUCCCUCUGUGUCGUCUCUCACCCAUAUUGGGUUACACUGUACAUCUUGAUUACAGUAUUGUGUACUGUGCCUUUGUUUUAAAGUAGUAGUGAUUGUAUAAUGUUUAGAAUGUAAUUUCCCUUUUGUGGUUUACAUACGCUUUUAAUGACCGGGAUGUGAUUUUAUUUGUACUGCUUUGAACUGCGUUAAAUGACUGUGGUGUUUAUUCUCCAGUAUCUGGAGGGUUCGAACAGUUCAUUCCCAAUACUGGCUUCUCAGGGAUUAUGAGCUGAUCCUGGUAUUAACUACCAUGGGACCCAUGGUGGGACCUAAACCUUUGAAUAAAAGUGCAUAACCACUGAGAAACGUAA